AUGUUCCGCAAACUCUCUGAUCUGUUUGGCUACUCCCGACAAAGUGGCGCGCUCCACAAUCCCCGUGAGGGUGGCCAGAACCAGCAAUUCGUCAUUGUUUUGCCACCUCAAUCGCCAUCUUCGAGCCAACGCGAGCGCAAGCAAGCACGUCGAAAGUAUCAAGUACACGAACGCAGGGUUGUGCUGCCCCCAAUCAAGCUGCCGCUUACUCCUGGAUGGAAGUUGAACGGGAGCGAUGACGGAUGGGAUUCUGAGGAGGAAGUUACUUCGUACUCGGACGAGGACUCCCCACGGAAGGACACACCGUAUUUGCCUCCCGAUGCCGCGGGUCACUUUCUACGAGUUCCGACACCAAAAAAAAUUCCUCCUUUCGGCACACAUCUCUCCAUAGACUGUCCCGGACGGAUUCACCCCGCUCGUGAAGUGGAUGACCCUAUAGAAGUCCACAUCGUUACGAACGUUGACGCCUUUAUCCGGUACUGGGACAUGCAUGGCUGGGACAGCCUCUUCAAAGCGCGGUCUUAUGUUCACGCUCGAGCAGCAGAGAUGCAGCGCCUGACGCGCAUGGGGAAUCAAAGAGCGGGGGAACAACAACGUCUGGAGUUCUUGCACUCUCAAGACCUCGCGCUGGCAUAUGCCCAGCAAAAGUUCGCCGAAAUAACGCAUUUCGGUGGAGGUUUGGGGCAGGGGGAUCCAUAG